AUGCACCCCCCCUCCGCCCUCCCCUUCACCGCCCUCCUCCUCGCCUUCCUCACCACCACCCACGCGCACGGCCCCCACGACCAAGCCCCCAUCCCCGCCGACGCGGACUGGGCAACGCGGCACAUGGCCGAAGAGCACCACAUCAGCUCCUUCGACGCGGGCACCUUCUUCACGCUGCACGACUACGACUCGAGCGGCGCGUGGUCGCCGACGGACAUCCAGCGCACCUACGGCCUGAAAGACGAGAGCGCCAAGGAGGUCCCCGAGUCCAGAAAGGCCGAGGUCGUGGCCGAGGUGCUGCGGAUCUUCGACGCUGAUCGCUCGGGGACGGUGUCGUAUGCCGAGUAUGUGCUUGGCGUGACGCAGAAGGGGCUUAAGCUGCCGGACUUUGGGCUCGGCCCUGGGCACCAUGGGGACGAUGAGUAUGAAUAUGAGAUCCAUCAUUUUGAGAAGUACCAUGAUGAGAAUACCAAGGAGGAGGAUCUGACGCAUCCGGAGGAUAUUGCGCAUUUCAAGAAGCAUGAUAGGGAGGAGGAGGAGAGGGAGCGGUUGGAGGAGAGGGAGAGGAAGGGCGGGGUGGUGGAGGCGAAUAUUCCGAUGAAGUUUAGGAGGGUGGGGUAG